UUACUGCACAUGGACUGAAUCAACAGGAACUGUUUAUUCUGCAGAUGGGAAUGCUGAGUGUCACAAAUGGACAACCAUCCACAGGCUAUCCAUUGGCAUAGCCAGAGGCCUUGACUACCUCCACACAGGACUCCAGAAGCCUGUGGUCCACGGCAAUCUCAAGUCGAAGAACAUAGUCCUCGAUCGCAGUGGAUCGCCUUGCGUAUCAGAUUUCGGCUUGCAUCUGCUGCUGAAUCCUACGACGGCCCAGGAAAUGCUCGAGACAUCUGCAGCCGAGGGAUACAAAGCUCCCGAGCUCAUCAAAAUGAAAGAUGCAAGCGAGGAAACCGAUAUCUACAGCCUGGGAAUAGUAUUGCUCGAGCUGCUCUCGGGUAAAGAGCCAGUGAAUCCGAAUCCAACUCCCGACGAAGAUUUUUACCUCCCAACGUCGAUGAGAAACGCGGUGCUUGAUCGUAGGAUCGCAGACAUUUACCAUCCGGACAUACUUGUAGACAGUGGGAGCGAGAGUGAGAAUUCUGUCAGGGAAGAGUGCAUAUUCAAGUUCUUUCAGCUGGCAAUGUCUUGCUGUUCCCCUUCGCCUUCUCUUAGACCAAACAUCAAACAGGUGGUGUGCAAGCUCGAAGAGAUGGGAAGAUAGCAACCUCUAGAGUCCAGAGGAGCAGAAGUCACUUGGUUUUUUUGUGGGUAGGCACGAAUGAGGAAAAAGUUGCAAUCUUUGGUGGCAGAAACCAAACCCAGAGAGGCAUUCAUCAUGCACACAACAUCCAUGGAUAAUGACAUAAUGGGCUUGUAGCUAGAGUAAUCUACAGACGUGUCCGGGGCCAUGUUCCACAAGAAGCCAGGAAUUGGUGAUCGGUUUUUUAUCGGGUCCUCUGGAAAUUGCGCUUUACGUGCCCAAAAGGCCAAAAGCAUCAUCAUCAGCACAUACAAAAGAGAAAGAUUGGUGCUUUAUCUGGUUGCAGAAGAAGGCAUGCACGUCCAUGAGAAAGUGUCAAUCGCCAAACAGGAAAAAGUGUCACUCUUUCUGUCGUCUAACUGAAGCUAACAAAAGCCUUGGUGGGUUGAAGGAUCGACUCAGCUAUAGCAAUUUCGGUUGGCGGGGUUUCCUUUGAGAAAACUUCCAAACGAAUGAGUCCAAGCGGGCUGAGAACUUUAACCAGAAGUGCAUGGUAAGUUCAUCAAAUUCUCUGUCCUUUUUGUUCUCUUGAUAGCAACACACAAGGAAUUAUCAUCAUUUAUGUAAUAUAAACAGAGUACUACAUAUAUUUAAAUGGAAACCAACUGUAUAGCUUGAUUUGAUCGAUUGAACCUACUCUGUUUUCCCCUGAUAUUGCUCUCGUUUCGUUUUCCCCUGUCCCAUCAUCGCAUCGUUGAUCAACGAGUCGAGCUCGAUAACGAGCCGAGCCUGAACGAGGCAAAUCUCGGCUCGAUUCGCCAUUCAUUAAUGAAACAUCAUGGUUUGUUGGAGAUAGGAGGGAGGCAGUGGCAUCCCAUCUCAUAAUUGCACAUAAUUAAAAACCUCCAACUACCUCAUUACAACAACAAUAAUCAUCAUUAAUGCUUGCUGGAUGGUCAAUGGUGGUCGUUGGUUGGUUGGUUAUAAUUCAUAAACGUGACUCUGGAUUGGAUUGGAUUCCACGCCUGCUGUCUCUCACCAAUGGAGGGACCAUGGCCAUGGGGAAUGGAAUACAGAAGGGGACCAGUU